AGAAACAACGACGAAGAAAUUGGAGAAAAUAUAGAAUGAGAAUCUCAGGUCACAGUAUCAUAGCCAUCUCUUUCUUCAUACUCUCAGUCUACAUUCAUCGCGUUCAAGCCCGUCCCUUCGUUCUCGUUCUCUCCAACGACGAUUUCAACGGCGGCUUUGAUGAUAACGGUGCCGAAGAAUCCUCUAAUUUCGAUGAAUUCGGAGAAUCCGAACCCAAAUCCGAAGAGGAGCUUGAUCCCGGUUCCUGGCGACCAAUCUUCGAGCCAAAUGAUUCCGCCGUCCACGCCUCUGCGUCGCCGCAGUACUACUCCGGACUCCACAAAAUCCUCUCGGCGGCGAUUGAAGGAAACAGUACAUUGAUGGAGGAAGCGGUUUCAGAGAUAGAUUCGUGUGCCUCUUCGGGAGAUCCACACGCACAAUCAGUGAUGGGAUUCGUAUACGGGAUUGGGAUGAUGCGUGAGACGAGCCGAAGCAAAUCGAUUUUACAUCAUCAUUUCGCUGCUGAGGGAGGAAAUAUGCAAUCGAAAAUGGCACUUGCUUUCAGAUAUCUAAGACAAAAUAUGCAUGAUAAAGCUGUUGAGUUAUAUGCUGAACUAGCAGAGACAGCAGUGAAUAGCUUUCUGAUUUCAAAGGAUUCUCCAAUGGUUGAGCCAGUUAGAAUCCACAUUGGAACAGAGGAGAAUAAAGAUGCACUUAGGAAAUCCCGUGGAAAGGAAGAUGAGGAUUUUCAGAUAUUGGAAUACCAGGCAGAGAAAGGGAAUUCUGCGGCAAUGCACAAAAUUGGACUGUUUUAUUACUUUGGUUUGAGAGGGCUAAGGCGUGAUCAUGCCAAGGCGUUGUACUGGUUUUCGAAGGCGGUAGAGAAAGGAGAGCCGAUGUCAAUGGAACUUCUUGGGGAGAUUUAUGCUAGAGGAGCUGGUGUUGAGAGAAAUUAUGACAAGGCACUUGAAUGUCUUACACUUGCGGUAAAACAUGGUCUCCAUUCGGCAUUUAAUGGCUUGGGUUACUUGUAUGUCAAAGGCUAUGGAGUAGAUACGAGAAACUACACUAAGGCGAAAGAAUACUUUGAGAUGGCUGCUAAUAGUGAAGAUCCUAGCGGGCAUUAUAACCUUGGAGUGUUGUAUCUUAAAGGCAUUGGAGUCAAGAAGGAUGUGAGGCGUGCAACCAAAUAUUUCUUUGUUGCUGCCAAUGCUGGUCAACCAAAGGCUUUUUAUCAACUCGCCAAGAUGUUCCAUACGGGCGUUGGGCUUACAAAGAACUUGGAAAUGGCGACGACUUUUUAUAAACUAGUAGCAGAAAGAGGACCAUGGAGUUCUCUCUCUAGAUGGGCUCUUGAAGCCUACUCGAAAGGUGAUGUGGGAAAGGCUUUUAUAUUGUAUUCGAGAAUGUCAGAGCUCGGUUUUGAAGUAGCACAAAGUAAUGCUGCCUGGAUCCUCGAUAAAUAUGGGGAAAGAAGCAUGUGCAUGGGAGUGUCUGGGUUUUGCACAGAUAAGGAGAGGCACGAUCGGGCUCAUUCUUUGUGGUGGCGUGCCUCUGAACAGGGAAACGAACAUGCUGCAUUGCUUAUUGGAGAUGCAUACUACUACGGUCGGGGUACAGAGAGGGAUUUCGUGCGUGCAGCAGAGGCGUACAUGUAUGCUAAAUCUCAAUCAAAUGCGCAAGCAAUGUUCAACCUCGGUUAUAUGCAUGAGCAUGGAGAAGGUCUUCCUUUCGAUCUCCAUCUUGCUAAACGUUACUAUGAUCAGGCCCUCCAGAGCGAUGCUGCUGCCAAAUUGCCUGUCACACUAGCUCUUGCGAGUGUAUGGGUUCGCAGAAACUAUGCUGAUACUGCCCUGGUGCAAGUACUGGAUUCCGUACCAGAAGUGUAUCGAAAGGUGGAGGAAUGGGUAGAGAAUGUGGUGUUGGAAGAAGGUAAUGCGACCAUACUAACUCUCUUCCUCUGUCUUAUGACCGUCUUAUAUCUCCGGGGGAGACAACGUAGACAAGUGGUUUUGGAUCCCGUUGGUGCAGACGUGGCACAGCCCCUCGCUGGACCUGUAGCCUUUCCCCAGUAAUGGCUGAAGCAGGUGAAACAAAAGGGUACACAAUCACACCAGAGAAACCAGAAGUUUUCUGUACAGGUUCCAACUUAGUUCCAUACUCAUCACACACUGAACUAUUUAGUUUAAAGCAUAGGCUAUAUCGGGACUGCAUUGUAGGUUUCUCUGUAGAGCAUUUCGAAAAUUUUAUUAACCCUUAUGAAGUUUUGAGAGCAGAAUAA